AAGAGAGGGAUUUCAUCAUCAACUACGUCAUUAUCAAAGUUCAAUAUAUAAAUGAUUUGAUCGGUUCAGAGAUAACAGUAUAAAUAUAUCUGAAGUAGUAGCAGCAGCAGAAUACUACAAGCUUAUCACAUAAAUAAAGUAGACAGUUCUUGCUUCAUCAUGAAUAGACCAAUUGUGACUGUGAAACAAGGAAAACUACAAGGAAUCUUUGAAAAAAAUGUGCUCGGUUCUCAUUAUCUCUCUUUUAAAGGCAUACCUUUUGCUGCUCCACCAGUAGACGAGUUGAGAUUUAAGGAUCCCGAACCUCCAGCUUCCUGGGAAGGUAUUCGAGAUGCUUCUAAAAAUGCUGGCGAUGUUUCUGUACAAUUGGAACAAUUGACUCAAACGGUGAUUGGUAGCGAAGAUUGUCUUUACCUUAAUAUUCAUAUACCGUAUAAUAUUUAUCGGACGACAGGAAAUCCAGUUAUGGUUUGGAUUCAUGGUGGGGCUUAUCUUGUUGGUUCUGGUAAUGAUUCUCACAAGCAACCUGAUUACUUGAUGUCAAAAGAUAUCAUUUUAGUGUCCAUAAAUUAUAGACUUGGCGCUUUAGGUUUUUUGAAUCUUGGUCACGAAAUAGCAAGCGGAAAUCAAGGUUUGAAAGAUCAAGUUGCCGCAUUGAAAUGGAUUAAAGAAAAUAUUAAGGUUUUUGGCGGAGAUUCAAAUAACAUUACUGUGUUUGGUGUCAGUGCAGGAAGCACUUGUACGCAUUUAUUAACGCUGUCACCGUUAUCUAAAGGACUUUUUCACAAAGCUAUUCUUCAGAGUGGUACAGUUACAUGUGAUUGGGCGAUGAUAAGAAAUCAACCAGAAGUCUCUUCUUUUAAACUUGCGUCGGUACUUGGCAACGAUUCUAAAGAUCCUAAAAAAGUUUUUGAGCUUCUCCAAACAUUACCAGCUGUUGAAAUCGUCAAGGCGCAAUAUAAAGUUCUUACUCCAGAAAAAUCGCGUACUUUUAAUAUCCCAUUUGGACCUACAAUUGAUGAUAAAGCAAGAAGACCUUUCCUUUCAUCGUCUAUCGCUCAAAUACUUGAUGAUGACAAUAAUAUACCAAUCAUGGUUGGUUUUACCUCUCACGAAUAUAUCAUGUUUCUUAAAGAUACUAGCGAGAAGACUUUAAAGACAAUGUAUGAGGAUCUACCGCGACACAUAGAAAAUUUUCUAAAUUCGCAAAAUCAGAAAAAGAUAAUAGAAGUGACAGAACGUGUUAAGCAGCAAUAUUUUCAUAAUAAACCGUUUACUGAAGAGAAUAUUCCAUCUAUUAUACGAUGUCUAAGUGAUAUACAUUUUAAUAUUCCUACUAAAGAUUUUGUCAACAAACGAAGGAAAAAGAAACAAGCAUUGACUUUUUUCUAUCAAUUUUCUUAUGUUGGUAACCAAAUGACUCAGACGAGGCUUACGGAAAAUAAAUGGACUACAAUCGGAGCUUCUCAUGUUGAUGAUAUGCCAUAUCUUUUUUAUUUGCCUAAGUGUAAAAUUGAUGAUCCUGAACCGCCGGCAAUAGGUACAAAGGAUCGGGAAAUAUUAGAAAUUCUUACGAGAAUGUGGACCAAUUUUGCAAAAAUAGGAAAUCCUACUCCUGUCUUAGAUGAAUAUAUAACUACUAUUUGGUUGCCAGCAACACCAGAUACUUUUAAUUAUUUGGACAUCGGCGAUACUCCUCAACUUUUAACCGUUACUGAAUAUAAUAGCAUAUUACAAGAGUCGGAGUUAUAAAAAUUCUGCAAACGUUAAUAUAUUGACUAGUGUGAAACAUUUAAAGUUAUCUUAAAUUUGUUGUGGAUUUAAGGUGUAAGUAGAAAAUAUUUCUGUGUGAAUACUUAUUAAUAUAACUCGUGUAUAUGUAUAUAUAUAUAUAUAUAUUUUUAUUUUUCUAUGUAAAUAACUUAUAGUAAUAAUACAGAUGUGUUUAUUUCAUUUUUACAUAAA